CAUUAGCCAAGGCAGAGUUUAUCUAUGGUGAAACACAUCCCAAGGUCGGUGUUAUCUUAACAGGUAUGGCUCUUAUGUAUAGGCGUAAAGCAAUUGAGGAGAAAUCAAGUUCGCUUGUGGUUCAAGAGGGUCUCUACAAUAAAGUUGCAAAAAUUUUGAAGUUUCCAGCAGCUGAAUCUGAAGGUACUGAUGCUGCUGCACCAUCGGUUAAGAGAAAUGAUAUAGUGGCUCUUGCAAGCGGUGGAUUAGCUGAAGUACUCAAUGUCCAAGAAAAUAGACGGAGUGAAGGAGAAAAGAUGAAGAAGUUGUCCGAGUCCUUAUGGAAAAACAGCAGGAUGUCUCUGGAUGAUUUUCUAGGAAAUACAGAAGCAAACAUAAGUCCAGUUGUUGAUGCUCGUAUUUCCAGGCUUCUGUAAAUUGAUUCAUCUUCUGCUGCUGUAGGUUUAGGUUGAACUAAUGAUAAAUGAAAAAAAUGUUAUGAUGACAAGACACGUAAAGUGAUGAUUGUGGUGAAGCAUUAGAUGAAUUCUUUAUGGUAGUAACAUAACACUAUCCAUUGUUGGAUAUAUUAGUACUUUAAUCAAUGGAUUAGGUUUAGUAUUGGGAACUUAUUCAAACUUGAAAUUUGAAACUUUCAGAUGAAGUUCCUCUUGUUCUAAUAAUAUUGAUGCAAAAUGACAAUUAAGACACUGUGUCCAGUAAAAUUGUUAAGAUUCUUUUUCUUCA